UAGCCCUCCAUAACAUUGAACUCAUUUCCUAUGCAAUGAAGUUAGGCUUAGAAGUAGUCGAUACUUACAAUAUAACAAUUGCCAAAUUCAAAGACUUUAUGCCCGGAAAAUGUGCCUGCCACUUUCACCAGAUAUCUGAGAUGAGUUCAAAUGACAUAAAUUCUGGUCAACCCUCACAGCAUACGACAUACCGAGUGGACGGACAUAUUAAUGCAAUUUAUACUAAUAUACUCAUCAGCAGAAUCUGCGAAAACUUCGAGGAUGAGACAGAUUAUAGAUAACAAUCAAUCAGUUUUUGCC